AAUCAUGCGCCACAUUUUACGACUAAAAUAAUUGACAUCAACUACAAUACUGCGUAUAUAAACCCCAGACGGGAAGACUUCUACAGACAGUACUGAAUUGUAUUAACUGUUGUACCUUCGAGAUGUUCAAGAAAUUCCUUUGUUUGUGUCUGCUGAUUGGCGCUUUCGCCCUGUUCAACGAAUUGCCCAGCGUCAGUGCGUUACCGGAAGAUGCUGCUGACAAAGAUGCAGAUGCGGCAGAGGAACCAGCAGACGAAGAAGGCGGUGAAGACGAGGAGGACGAGGAGGAUGAUGAGGAGGAGCCACAAGAAGCUGUAGAGGCGGCUGAAGAAGAUAUAGAAGAGUCCGAUGAUGAUGAAGGGGAUGAUGAAGCAGAUGAAGUAGAGGAUGAAGAAGAGGAAAAUCCAGCUCAAUAAUAUCGCUAAAUAGUGGCCAAAGUAGUUAGAGGAAAAGUGAACCUCGCAGUUUAUAAUUAGGGCAGUUUGCUACAUCUAAUAUAAGUAGAAUUUGACAAAGGAAAAUGUUUAUAAAUGUGAAAAUCUUGAACCCAAAUACAUGAUAACAAUACCCGCUCAA